AUGUCCGGGGCUUUAAGUCUGCUCGCAGAGCUCGACAAGGAGACCAAUAAAGCUCCAAGUCGAAAGAACAGUCAAGCAAAACCAAGGACGGGCAGAUCAACAGCAAAUUCGCGAUCAUCUUCAGUCCAAUCAAGGGGACCAUCACAAGCACAACGUCCAACAUCAGCCCCGGGGCCCAGUCCAGUAAUUCCACCUCAAAAUAUAAAUCCUCGUCGUACUACACAAUCUACAAAUGUCACCCCUCGAACAUCGUUUGAACUUGGUACUGAACGAUCGAGAUCCCAAGGCCCGGAUUCUCGAAGAGUUUCAUUCGCAGAGGCCCCGCGACCACAAACGAGAACUUUAAUGAUACCAUCGAAAGAAAAUAUGCCAUCGUCAGGGUUUCCAUACAAUAUCAAAUUGAACAAAUAUGGUGUUUCCGAGCACGAAUGGUCACAAUUCACAAAGGAAAUAAUUGAAACUCUGCCACCGUCAAAGAGCUUUAGCUGGUUAUGGAAGCGUGGGAAAAUAACUGCCAUAAUCAAAAGAGACCUUCAAUACGAAUCAGAAUUGAAAUCAGCUUUGAGGCAAUGGAACAAAGGAUUCAGGCGUAGAGGCUUCCAGGUGUACCUGGAAAUUCCAGUCGAAAAGGAUUUGACCGAUGACGAGGUCUCGGGAGAUACUAAAGAAGAAAAGAAACAAGCCAAGAAGGAUGCCAAGAAAUUCCGAUUUAUAAUAGGUGCUGGGAAUUCAUCUUCUUCUUCCGUUUACUCGAGGUCGAGUUUGGCGGAAAGCGUUAGUAGGGAAGAUAAGGCUAAACCCGCCCCAAUUUCGCGAGAGGAAGAGGAUCAAAUGAAUCAAAAGUUCCCACAAGCUCAGACAAACGGGACUGGGACUGCAACCAGUACAACAGAAGGUGGGCAUGAAGAGGAUGAAUCUUCAAUUGAAAAGGCUCCGAUUCUUUCGCCAUCAACAGACACCGUAGACCACGCUUCCGGUGCGGUGCCCGUGUCAUGA